CAUAUGUCAAUAUUUUGGCAUGAUGGCAGGAGAUCAACAUGAUUUUUUCGCCGAGUUAGAGGCUGAUUCUGACUCGGGCAGCGAUUUCGAAGGUUUUGAGCCAGAAGAUAUUGUUGCCCAGGAAAUCCAGGGUAAUGAACCCAAUGAGGACCCUUUCGAGAACUGGUCCGAGGGGGAUCGGGAUGCCCAGCCAGAAUUACCAUUUGCUGGGACUCCGGGCCUGACUGAUGGACUUGGGGAGGGCCAAAUCCCUCUACAUUACUUCCAGACACUGCUCCCGGGGGAAACAGUUGACACUAUGGUGGAGGAAACCAACCGGUAUGGGAAUCAGCAGCUAGACCUCAGACAGGGACAACUAGGGACAUUUUCCAGAUUUCGAAAGUGGCAUCCCACAAACAGAGGGGAGAUGCUGAAGUUUCUGGCCAUUGUGAUAGCCAUGGGCCUUGUACGACAAUCGAAUGUUACUGACUACUGGUCUACCAGACCUGUCACCGCAACCCCGUUCUUUUCAUCUACCAUGUCACGCGAUCGUUUUUUGUUGUUAAUGUCUUUUUUCCAUCUCAACAAUAAUGCUAGGUAUAUUGCCAGAGAAAGUCCUGGCCAUGAUCCAUUAUUUAAGCUUGGCACUGUCUAUUCUUCUAUUCUUUAUAAGUUUGCAACUACAUACAAGCCCCACCAGUUUAUUUCAGUAGACGAGGGUAUGGUGCCAUGGAGGGGUAACCUUGCUUUCAGUGUAUAUAGUCCAAACAAACCCAUAAAGUACGGCUUAAAAGCUUACAUGCUCUGUGACUCUGUGUCUGGCUAUUGUUUGCGUUUCAACUUAUACACUGGAAGGAGGGUUUCCCUACCAUCUGAGCACGGAACAAUAUAUGAUCUUGUGAUGGAUCUGCUCCGUGGCAGGUUCGGGCAAGGUCAUGUAUUGUUCUGUGACAAUUACUAUUCCAGCCCUCGUCUAUUUAUGGACUUGUGGGAGCUUGGUGUGACUGCAGUUGGGACUUGUCGCAAAAACAGGAAAGGCCUCCCCCAGCAACUAAAACUCAAGCAGUUAGCAAACAAAGGUGACACAUACAUUAUGAGUACUGGUCCACUAUCUGGAAUGAAAUACAAUGAUUCCAAUAUUGUGUACAUCUUAACCACUUCAUACACAUGUGAAAAUGUCACCCACAAGCAGAAAAUUAGACCAAAGUGUGUUGUUAUGUAUGACAAAUUCAUGGGAGGUGUUGAUCGUUCAGAUCAGAUGGUUGCCAAUUUUAGGCUUGACCUGAAGGUUCUGAAGUGGUGGAAGAAGGUGUUCUUCCACAUUCUUGGGUUGACUGUGCUGAACUCAUACAUUAAAUAUAAAGGCAAUGUCAGGAAUCCAAUGACGCACAAGCAGUUUAGGGAACGCCUUGUUGAGGAGCUUGUCGAGUUGGGGAAUAUUUGUAAUACCAUUCCUGCUCCGUUGCCUGGUAGACCAAAAUCUCAACCGUUAGACAGGUUAACUGCUAGGAACCACUUCCCAAGGAAACUUGCAGGAAUCAACCCUUCAGCAAGGAGAUGCAUUGUCUGCAAUCCUGCUGUUAGGGAGAUUCUUGCAAGUAGAGGGGAGAAAAGGAAACGUCCCGGCCAUGAGACAGUGUAUUUUUGCCCUCACUGUGACGUUUUUCUUUGUGUUGUUCCUUGUUUUGAAAUAUAUCACACAAACCAAGAUUAUAUUCUUGCAUACAAACGCCAGUAUUCUGAGGAAUGACAUGUUAUACUAUCCAAUAAUUACUGUGUCAUCAUUGUUAUUAUUGAUGGUCUGUUUUAUUCUGAAAUUGAUUUUUACCAUACUUUGCAUUGUAGUUCAUAAAUUUGUAUUAACAGUCAGUAUGGUUUUGACACAUGGGUAUACAUACAUCCAUGUCAUGAUGCUCUGAAGUUUUUCAAUAAAUGGCUAUUGUCCAUACUAUAAUUUCUGAUAAAUAAUUAAUCCUUCAAUAGAAUUCAGCACAGUCACCCAAGAAAUCAUUGCUUUUUUGGGCAGAACAAUUAUUGAAUUGCAGUUUUGGGUAUUGGCUUCAUCCUGACAAACCAAGGCAACUGCUUGUCAUUGAUAACAUAGGUCAUGUACAUAACUCUCUGUAUUCAAUUUUUUAUAUGACUAU